CUUUCCCAACCAACCAACAGGCUUCACACUCAUCAACCACCAGCACCACCACAUCAACCACACUGCCAACAACCUCUGUUGCUGCCAGCAGCAAGGCACAAACACCACCACGUCGCUCUUUGCUGUCGUGUGGCUCGUACCACGCUUGGCAGGUGUUGCAAAAGCAGCAGCAUCAGCAGCUACAGCUUCAGCAGUGGGUGAAAAAGUGAUACCGGACCAGGAUUCACCGUAUUUGGCGGGAAGAAGCAGAUUCACGACAAGCACGUUCACAGCCCCCAUCCCGCUCGCUGCACAGCCUGCACCACAAGCGCCAUCACAAACACAGUCCACAAGUGCAAGAGUGCCUCUGUUCAAGAGAAUCAUGAGUGGGUUGAGCGCUACCACUAGCGCGGUGCACUCGCCCAUAGCUAGUCACCAGCAGCGACAACACCAAGCGCUGCUCACACCAACGAGGAGCUUGGCGGCUUCACCAAAGGCCACCACACCGCUGUCGCCCUUAUCGGCAUCCCACCGCGGCUACCGUUCAAAGGCAGCAACACACAAGGGAUCACUCACACCAACACACCUGCAGCACAUGCACAGCAAGAUACCAUCCUUGUGCGUGCCCCACCGCAACCGAUCUCCGCGCCUCCGACCAACAAAUCUGUCGCCCAGGAUGCAGUCGCACCGGCAUGUCGCUUCAUCAAUAUCCACUGAUCGACCACCGUCCAGGUGCUCCACACCAAGCUCCAGCGACAAGUGGGUGUCGCCUGCACCCAGCAGCAACAAACGCAGCAGCGCCAGAUGCCGUGAGGUCCUCAUGCCACGCAAUGGCAACAACCACUCUACCGGCAAACAGCGCAGACGGCGCAGCAGGACACCACCCUCAAAGGCGAAAUCACCUGGAAGUGGCCGCAUUGUGCAGCUUUGCCCCGAGCGCCGUCGUGCCCUGCGCCUGGCCAUGGAGCGACAAGGUGCAGCGAAGGAGCUGAUGGCCGUAUUUGAGCAGUUCAUGUGCGAUCCAGCAUCACCAGCGCAUCGCCAGUCCCUCAAUGGCACCAAGCAAUUCGAGCACUGCAAAGACAAGUUUGAUCAGCGCCUUCGUCAGUUCCAAGCGCUGGGUCUCGUGGAGAAGGAGAACAGCAAGCCUGCGCGCCGGCGUGCCAAGCGGAUUUCCACCACCAGCAACACCACCACCAGCAUGAACAGUAGUAUGAGCAGCAGUGUGAACGCCAGUGUGCAUGCAACCCCAAGGGUAUUUCGGCCCUCAUCUUCUCAGUAUCGCGACACCAGCGUGGACAGUAGCAGCCUUACGGACACAGCCAGCUGCCGGGACACAGACAUGGAGGAUGAAGGGGGUGUGGCAACAGCAAACUCCUCCAUCAUGACAUCCACCACCAUGAACGACUCGGAGUGGGUGGACAUUACAAAUGAUGGCGAGGAGGUCAUGACACCUCAACCCCGCAGGCUUCGCAGAAAGCGCUCCUCGCCAUCCACCUCCAGUCUGCGUCGACUGCUUGAAGACAGCCGCAAUCUCGUCAGCCAGAUCCGCGCGGCAACAACAGCGGAACAGAAUCCCACGCCCAAGUCCGAGAGCAAAGACCGAAUGGCGGCGUUGCAGACGGCAAAUUCACAGCUGAGGCGUGAUGUGUGCACAUUGCGCGAGACAAUUGAGGAGCAGAAGGAAGAGAUGCGUGCACGGGAUUGCACCAUUAGCAGCUUGCAGGUGCAGCUCAACAACACGGAGCGCGCAGUGGCAGCCGUGCACGACCGCUACGCUCAGGACACGGCCCGCCUCAGAGACAGCAUGCAGACACUCAGCGAUGCGCUCGCGACAGCACGAAAGCAAUCGCAGCUGGAGGUGGAGGAAUUGCUCAACGAGCAUGACGCCCAGCAUUCAUACAUGAAGGAAGAGGUGAUGGCGCUACGCGACCACAACAAGGAGCUUGCCGCUGCCCUGUGUGAGAUGCAGGCGGAGAUGGAGACUGCCGUUGCAGCGCUGACGUCGGCAGAUGAGUCUGUGGAGGGCGAGCAAGAGGGCGCUCCAGGGACAGAAGCAAGCAGCAGCAGCAGCGGCGGUGACCAGGGCGACGCAACGACGCAUAUGCGCCGUCUCUGUGCUGAGUUGCAGCUGCUGGUGAAGGAGAGCGUUGCCCAACGGCGCACGCUCAGUACACGCUGCAAUGACUUAGUGGAGCAGGUGGAGAGGGUCAAGGUGGAGGUGGAGACGACCACAGCCAGUCUCUCCGCACAGCUGCAGCAGGACAUGAGCAGCGCACAACGUCAGCACCAGCAAGAACUCGAUACUGUCAAGCAAGAGCACCGGAACCAAUUGGCUGCACUCGAGGCUGAGUUUUCCACCCGCAUGCAACAGCUGAACGAGAAGCACCAAACCGCCCUGAGCAGCGUCCAGAACGCCCACGCACAGAAACUGACGGCCGCUGUUCGCAAGCAGGAGCAGCUUCACGCUGAACGCGAGCAGCGACUGAGGGAAAUGGUCGACAAGGCCACUGCGCAGCUGCACGCUGUCACCGCGCGUCAAGAUCAAGACCUACAGGUGUUGGAGGAGAAUCACCAAGGCGCGAUGCGCGUGUUGGCUGCAGAGCACACGUGCGAGCUGCACGCACGGACAGGUGCGCUGCAGAGGGAUGUGCAGACUCAGCUGAGGGAGCAGUCUGAAGCACACCAGCGGGAGAUGAGCGCGGCGAGCGAAACGCAUGCGCUCCAGCUUGCAGAGACGAAAGCAGCGUGCGAAAGGAAGCUCGAGACAGCACUUGCGGAGCACAGGCGAGAGCUGGACAUGAACAAAGUGGAGAAGGCACGGCAGCUUGAUGCGAUGGAGACAGGGUUUGCUGCACAGCAGGCCGACCUGGAGGAGAAGCAUGCACAGCAACUUGCACACUUGACGCAUGAGUAUGAAGAACGCAUUACCCGUGAGACCGACGCGCACACAGGGAUGAUCAGACAGCAGCAACGCAAGCACGAGCAAGAGGUGUGCAGUCUCAAGGAAGAACACGCGGCAGAAAUCAGCAGUUUGGCGUCACGGUAUGAUGAAAAGACAGUGGGUAUCCUUGAAGAGCACGAAAGACAACUUGCUGGUAUGAAGGCUGAGCACGCGCAGCAGCUGGAGAAGAAGGAUGCUGAGCACGCACAGCAUGUCAACUGCAUCAAGGCUGAGCAUGCACAGCAGCUUGAGAAGAAGGAUGCUGAGCAUGCACAGCAUGUCGACACCAUCAAGGCUGAGCAUGCACAGCAGCUUGAGCAGAAGGAUGCUGAGCACGUACAGCAGCUGGAGCAGAAGGAUGCUGAGCACGCACAGCAUGUCAACUGCAUCAAGGCUGAGCAUGCGCAAGAGCUUGAGCAGAAGGAGACCGAGCACGCACAGCAGCUUGAGCAGAAAGACGCUGAGCACGCACAGCAGCUUGAGCAGAAGGACGCUGAGCACGCACAGCAGCUUGAGCAGAAGGACGCUGAGCACGCACAGCAUGUCAGCUGCAUCAAGGCUGAGCAUGCGCAAGAGCUUGAGAAGAAGGAGACCGAGCACGCACAGCAUGUCAACUGCAUCAAGGUUGAGCACGCACAGCAGCUUGAGCAAAAGGAUGCUGAGCACGCACAGCAGCUGGAGCAGAAGGAUGCUGAGCACGCACAGCAUGUCAACUGCAUCAAGGCUGAGCAUGCGCAAGAGCUUGAGCAGAAGGAAGCUGAGCACGCACAGCAGCUUGAGCAGAAGGACGCCGAGCACGCACAGCAUGUCAACUGCAUCAAGGCUGAGCAUGCGCAAGAGCUUGAGCAGAAGGAAGCUGAGCACGCACAGCAGCUUGAGAAGAAGAUGGCUGAGCACGCACAGCAGCUUGAGAAGAAGGACGCUGAGCACGCACAGCAGCUUGACAGCAUCAAGACCGAGCACGCACAGCAGCUUGAGAAGAAGGAUGCUGAGCACGCACAGCAUGUGGACACCAUCAAGGCUGAGCAUGCGCAAGAGCUUGAGCAGAAGGAUGCUGAGCAUGCGCAGGAGCUUGAGAAGAAAGAUGCUGAGCACGCACAGCAGCUUGAGCAGAAGGAAGCUGAGCACGCACAGCAGCUUGAGCAGAAGGACGCUGAGCACGCACAGCAUGUCAGCUGCAUCAAGGCUGAGCACGUACACCAGCUUGAGCAGAAGGACGCUGAGCACGCACAGCAGCUUGAGCAGAAGGACGCUGAGCACGCACAGCAUGUCAACUGCAUCAAGGCUGAGCAUGCGCAAGAGCUUGAGAAGAAGGAGACCGAGCACGCACAGCAGCUUGAGCAGAAGGACGCUGAGCACGCACAGCAUGUCAGCUGCAUCAAGGCUGAGCACGCACAGCAGCUUGACAGCAUCAAGGCUGAGCAUGCGCAAGAGGUCAACAACAUCAAGGCUGAGCACGCACACCAUGUGGACAACAUCAAGGCUGAGCACGUACAGCAGCUUGAGAAGAAGGGUGCUGAGCACGCACAGCAGCUUGAGCAGAAGGAGACUGAGCAUGCGCAGCAGCUUGAGCAGAAGGAUGCUGAGCAUGCGCAGCAGCUUGAGAAGAAGGAUGCUGAGCACGCACAGCAGCUUGAGCAGAAGAUGGCUGAGCAUGCACAGCAUGUGGACAGCAUCAAGGCUGAGCAUGCGCAAGAGCUUGAGUACAAGGAAGCUGAGCAUGCACAGCAUGUCGACUGCAUCAAGGCUGAGCACGUACAGCAGCUUGAGCAAAAGGAUGCUGAGCACGCACAGCAUGUCGACUGCAUCAAGACCGGGCAUGCGCAAGAGCUUGAGCAGAAGAUGGCUGAGCAUGCGCAGGAGCUUGAGCACAAGGAUGCUGAGCACGCACAGCAGCUUGAGCAGAAGGACGCUGAGCACGCACAGCAUGUCAACUGCAUCAAGGCUGAGCAUGCGCAGCAGCUGGAGCAGAAGGAGACUGAGCACGCACAGCAGCUUGACAGCAUCAAGACCGAGCACGUACAGCAGCUUGACAGCAUCAAGGCUGAGCAUGCGCAAGAGGUCAACAACAUCAAGGCUGAGCACGCACACCAUGUGGACAACAUCAAGGCUGAGCAUGCACAGCAGCUUGAGCAGAAGGAUGCUGAGCACGUACAGCAAGUCGACACCAUCAAGGCUGAGCACGCACACCAUGUGGAUAGCAUCAAGGCUGAGCACAAUGCAACCGUGCAAGCGCUUGAUCAGGAAGCAAUUGUGCUUCGCGUGCGAAUCGAAGAGCUUUCCAGUGCUAUUAAGGCGAGCAAUGCUCGCUUGCAAGCACUGAGUUCAAGACACCAAGACGAACUUGCAGAAGCACACGCUCAGGCAGACAAAGCACUCGAUUCCACUGCGUCUGCGCUGCGUGCUGAAUAUGAGGCGAAGCACACGGCCGCAGAGGCCGCGCUUGUAGAGCAACGCCAAGCACAAGUUGCUCGUGUUCGCGAAGCAUUUGAACAGGUGCGACAGUGGAUGACCAAUCUGAGGCAAGAGGUCAACUCUGAACUCGGUGAUCACGCGGACAGCAUGCAGCAACUGCAGCAAGCCGUGUCACGCUCGUCUUCUGUUGCUGUUGCCGCUGAGGCGUACAAGAACCAGCUUGUCACGCAACUUGCGGAGGUGUGCAAGGAGCUGCAGCAGGAGAAAGUGGCGGGGAAACGGUGCAAGGCCAGCCUUGAGACGGCACAGAAGGAGCUGGGCGAACUGCAGCAGAACCAACUCAUUCUCGAGCGGGUGUACUUUGCAAACCUUGUGCUCGCCUUGCGCAUCAACUAUGAGAAGGAGAACCCGGGCAAGCUUGCACCCAAUGCAAGUGUGGCAGAGCUGUUUGCGCGUGCAAGAUCCCACAAUGUCUCCUUCCUUGAGUGGCCCGUGUGGAUUUCAAAGCAGGUGUGGGGCGAGCACAAGGCGGAGGCCUGAGAGUGUGCUUGUGUUUUCUGCCCUCUUUGAGCCAUUGCUGUGCCGUGUAUGCGUGCGUUACACGAUGUGAGAGCAGGCGCGGGCGUGAGUGUGUUCUAGUGAAAGGGGCGGGCAGAGGAAGAGACCAGAAAGCCAGACAGUAG